GGCGGAAGAAAAGAGAAGCUAGUCCACGAACUGGUUCUUGAAUAUGUGGUGCGGGAGUUUUCCCUGUUGAAAAUCCCUAGUGCAAGAUGCUGCAACAUCAGAACAUGCUCCUUAUCCAGAGGACUCUAGCUUCAACGGUGCUUUUUGCCCUGCUGGCCAUCUGUGGAGCGCAGACCAAAUUAGCUGAGACUGCAGUCCGGAUUGAAGACCACAUUCUCAAAUCUGAAGCCUACGAUAAAAGGGUGCGACCUCCAGGUCUCUACGAGACCCAUGACCCCACGAUAGUGCGCACUAAUAUGUAUAUUCGGUCUCUUUACGAUAUAUGCGAUACUGACAUGAGUUUCAAGGUACAGAUCACUUUCCGGCUACAGUGGGUUGACAAGCGCCUGACAUUUGAUGACCUAGGUGGCCAGAUCAGGUUUCUCAACGUGUAUGACGUCAGCCGAUUGUGGAUUCCGGACAUAUUUUUUGUUCACGAACGCGAAGGUCAUUUCCACGAGGUGAUUCGUCCCAAUUCGCUGGUGCGCAUCAACCCGGAUGGGUCGAUUCUUUACAGCGUCAGAGUAUCGCUGAAGCUGUCCUGCCCAAUGAACUUCAGAAAAUACCCUUUUGACAAACAACAGUGUGAAAUAAGAAUGGAAAGCUAUGGUCACAGUGCGGAAUCCCUUGCCUUUCUUUGGAAAGAAGUGGACCCUGUUCAAGUCACGAGGAGUCUGUAUAUUCCUGAAUACAGGCUUGAGAGGUUUCGGACCGAAUACGCCGCCGAAGCGAUGUCUACAGGUAACUACUCAUGCCUCAAGGUCAUCUUCGAUUUCCAAAGGGAAAGCAGCAACGCCAUUGUUCGGGUGUACAUUCCCUGCAUCAUGAUGGUCAUCUUGUCCUGGGUUCCACUAUGGCUGAACAACAAGUCCAGCUUCAUGAGGGUGAUCGUUCCCUUUCUAAUACUUAUGGUAUUCGCGAAUGCCAUCAGCCAGUUCAACAAUAACGAAGCUCCUAAGACAUCAUACACAAAGGCCGUGGACGUCUGGACCGGGAUAUGCUUGACGUACGCUUUUGCUGUGGUCGUAUACGUGACGAUCCUGGACUACCUGAUACGACAUGGGGGUAGUGACGGUCAGAGUGAAACUCCCACACCGGAGGUCGGCGGAAAACUUGAAGCGGUGGAGGUAGUAGAUGAAAGUGCUUCUGCUACUCCUUCGAAGUCACCGGGUUUGCCCGAAAGAGUAAAGUCAUGGAUACAGCGCAAGAGAACAAAAACCGACGAGGCCGACAUCAUCGCUCGAAUAGUUUUUCCAGCAUUGUUUGUGUUGUUCCUGAUAAUCUAUUUUUGCACUUUCACGUAGGACAACAUUCGUCCUCCAUUUGGGAGUACGAAGGAUACAAGAUAGGAUUUAGCUAAGCAGCCUGACUAACAUGCAGCUGGACAGAUAAAAGCCGGUUCACACAUACGGCGCAUCGCUAAAUCAACACUAUAGAGAGUGCCGAUUCUGCGUUGACGUGAGCGUGCCCUAGGAUUGAUUCAGCCCUGCAUCAGCGUUUUAUGACUAAUACAGCCCAAAGUCAGCGCUGAAUAGGCGAGAUGAGUGCUACUCUCAGCGGUGACUAAUAUCGCUGAGGUAGCGC